GUCCACCUGUUGGCCCGCCACCUGGUUCGCCACAGCCAACGCCAAAGCCUGCCCUUGUUCCGCCUGUUGGCCCUCCGCCUGGUUCGCCCCGAGGCCAACCUCUUGGUCCAAAGCCUGGUUUGCCCGGUGGCCCGCCCCUUGGCCCACCACCUGCAGCACCGAAGCCUGCAGCAGCAACGGCAACUGCAGCACAUCCAGCUUUGGACAAUACACCGAGCUCAGCAGCAGGAAUUCCUGCCGGUGUUGCCGGUCCACUUGUUAGCCCCUCACCUGGUUUGCCGCAGCCAACACCCAAGCCUGUCCUUGGUCCACCUGUUGGCCCGCCGCCUGGUUCGCCCCGAACACAACCUCGUGGUCCGAAGCCUGGUUUGCCCGGUGGUCCGCCCCUUGGUCCACCACCUGCAGCACCAAAGCCUGCAGCAGCAACGGCAACUGCAGCAGAUCCAGCUUUGGACAAGACACCGAGCUCGGCAGCAACAGGAAUGUCUGCUGGUGUUGUCGGGGACGGCCCCAAAGCAACCUUAGGCACAGGCGGUCCACUUGUUGGCCCGCCACCUGGUUUUGGCCCGCCGCCUGGUUCGCCCCGAGGCCAACCUCUUGGUCCGAAGCCUGGUUUGCCCGGUGGCCCGCCCCUUGGCCCGCCACCCGCAGCACCGAAGCCUGCAACAGCAACGGCAACUGCAGCCCAUCCAGCUUUGGCCAAGACACCGAGCUCAGCAGCAGGAAUGGCUGCCAGUGUUGCCGGGGACAGCCCCACAGCAACCUCAGGCACAGGCAGUCCACCUGUUGGCCCGCCACCUGGUUCGCCACAGCCAACGCCAAAGCCUGCCCUUGGUCCGCCUGUUGGCCCGCCGCCUGGUUCGCCCCGAACACAACCUCUUGGUCCGAAGCCUGGUUUGCCCGGUGGCCCGCCCCUUGGCCCGCCUCCUGCAGCACCGAAGCCUGCAGCAGCAACGGCAACUGCAGCAGAUCCAGCUUUGGGCAAUACAGCGAGCUCAGCAGCAGGACUGCCUGCCGGUGCUGCCGGUCCACUUGUUGGCCCCUCACCUGGUUUGCCGCAGCCAACACCCAAGCCUGUCCUUGGUCCACCUGUUGGCCCGCCGCCUGGUUCUCCCCGAACACAACCUCGUGGUCCGAAGCCUGGUUUGCCCGGUGGUCCGCCCCUUGGUCCACCACCUGCAGCACCAAAGCCUGCAGCAGCAACGGCAACUGCAGCAGAUCCAGCUUUGGACAAGACACCGAGCACCUCAGCAGCAGGAAUGGCUGCCAGUGUUGCCGGGGACGGCCCCAAAGCAACCUCAGGCACAGACGGUCCACUUGUUGGCCCGCCACCUGGUUCGCCACAGCCAACGCCAAAACCUGCCCUUGGUCCGCCCGUUGGCCCGCCGCCUGGUUCGCCCCGAACACAACCUCUUGGUCCGAAGCCUGGUUUGCCCGGUGGCCCGCCCCUUGGCCCGCCACCUGCAGCACCGAAGCCUGCAGCAGCAACGGCAACUGCAGCACAUCCAGCUUUGGCCAAGACACUGAGCUCAGCAGCAGGAAUGGCUGCCAGUGUUGCCGGGGACAGCCCCACAGCAACCUCAGGCACAGGCGGUCCACCUGUUGGCCCGCCACCUGGUUCGCCACAGCCAACGCCAAAUCCUGCCCUUGGUCCGCCCGUUGGCCCGCCGCCUGGUUCGCCCCGAGGCCAACCUCUUGGUCCGAAGCCUGGUUUGCCCGGUGGCCCGCCCCUUGGCCCGCCACCUGCAGCACCGAAGCCUGCAGCAGCAACGGCAACUGCAGCAGAUCCAGCUUUGGACAAUACACCGAGCUCAGCAGCAGGAAUUCCUGCCGGUGUUGCCGGUCCACUUGUUAGCCCCUCACCUGGUUUGCCGCAGCCAACACCCAAGCCUGUCCUUGGUCCACCUGUUGGCCCGCCGCCUGGUUCUCCCCGAACACAACCUCGUGGUCCGAAGCCUGGUUUGCCCGGUGGUCCGCCCCUUGGUCCACCACCUGCAGCACCAAAGCCUGCAGCAGCAACGGCAACUGCAGCAGAUCCAGCUUUGGACAAGACACCGAGCUCGGCAGCAACAGGAAUGUCUGCUGGUGUUGUCGGGGACGGCCCCAAAGCAACCUUAGGCAGAGGCGGUCCACUUGUUGGCCCGCCACCUGGUUCGCCACAGCCAACGCCAAAGCCUGCCCUUGGUCCGCCCGUUGGCCCGCCGCCUGGUUCGCCCCGAGGCCAACCUCUUGGUCCGAAGCCUGGUUUGCCCAGUGGCCCGCCCCUUGGCCCGCCACCUGCAGCACCCACGCCGAUUUUGUCUAAGACAUCCGGUUUGGUUGCUGAUGUUGUGGGGGAAAGUUCCAAAGCAACCUCAAGCACAAGUGGCUUCCAUCCACAGCCAAUGCCCAAGCCUGCCCUUGGCCCAUCUGCUGGCCCGCCACCUGCAGCACCGAAGGCUACAGCAGCCAAUUCAACUGAAGCACACGCCACGACAGUUUUGGGCAAGACACCCAGUGAGGCAGCAGCAGGCAUGGCUGCUGAUGCUGGAGCAACCUCAAGCACAGGUAGCCCCCAACCACAGGCCACGCCGCAACCUGCCCUUGGUCCACCGGUUGGCCCACCAGGUGUGCCCCAGGGCCCGCCGCUUGGCCCGCCACCUGCAGCACCCACGCCUGCAGAAGCAACAGCAACUGCAGCGCACACCCCGGCGAUUUUGUCCAAGACAUCAGGUUUGCCAGCAGCCAUGGUUGCUGAUGUUGUGGGGGAAAGUCCCAAAGCAACCUCAAGCACAGGCGGCCCCCAACCACCGCCCAAGCCCAAGCCUGCCCUUGGUUCUGCACCCACGCCUGCAGAACCCGCCACAGCAGAACAUGCUGCUUCUUCUUUGGAUGCUGUUGGUGUAGCCGAGAACAGUUCGGAGGGUCUCGAGGCAUGUCCGGCGAUUCAGGAUCCGGAACCCAAAUCGCAAGAGCCGGGUGUGCUGCCAGCUUCGACUGGUGAAGAUCAAUGCAAAGGGCCAGGUUCCGAUGCCAUGGCGCUUGCGGCGGAAAGCUUCGCGGAGUUCGGGACAGCUCCGAUGGUGGCAAAGAUUCGUGGGACUGGCGCUGUUGACGGUGGUACAACAAAAGGGCGGGCGCUGGGCGCGCGGUCGCUGGGCGCGGUGCGGCGCUUGGCGGUAAGCCGCGCGCUGCAGCUGCUGGACACCACGGACUGCUGGCUCCUGGAGGAGCGCUUAGCGCAGCUGGAGGCAUUGGGCUCGCUGUGCAACCUCUUUGGGCCACUGCCCUCAGAUAUUCAACUCCCAGUCUUUGAGGAGGCGAAGGAGCGCAUUCGAGCUGUGGGACCUGUGUCAGAGCACGUCCUGAGUCGGGUACUGGAAGCAGGCCUUGGCCGGCGCAGCGAGCGCCAUUUGUGGCGGGUGGCUCGACGCGGGCAGCCGAAGCCGGCGCCGGCGAAGGAAGCGGCGCGGCCGGUGGAGCUGCAACACCUGGAGGCGCUGCAUCGGACAUUGCAGGAGGAACAUGCAGAGCUCAAGAAGCAGCACGAGGAGCUGGUUGCCCGCACCGCGGCAGACGAGAUCCCCGAAGGGCGCCUACCACCGGCGCCGCCGCCGCCGCUGCCGCCGCCGCUGGAGUUGCCGCUUCCGGUGCCGGAAGUGGCGACGUCGGAUGCGCCGGAGGCGCCAGGGGCGCCACAGGCGCCAGAGGCGACAGCGCCAGCGCCAGAGGCGCCGCCCGAGGCGCCGAAACCGCCGGAGGCAACAGCGCCGGAGGCGCCGGAGCCGGAGCCGCCCCGCUGGGGCUGGUGGCGGAGCCAGGCUGUGCGUGUGAUGCCGGAGCCAGAACUUCGGCAGGUGGUGUGGUACAAGGACGACGGUGUGCAGAUGGGCGUGCCUGUGCUGCAAAUGCACAGGCCAGGCUCCCGGAGCUCGCGCGCUCCGAUGGAGGAACAGCAGGAACCCAGGGAGGCUUUUGCUGACUGGCAGCAUCGGAAGAUCAGUGAGCUCAUGACGAACCCUUCGGAGCCCCCACCUGCCAUUCCUGGAUGUAGCCACUUGAGCUACUCCAGCGCGGCGGCGGCAGCUCAAGAUCUUCGCCUGGCCGGCGGGGCAGGCGCUCCGAUUGUGGUGGUGGCUGUAGCCACUCAGGGCCCUGCUCGAAAUGCAGGGGUCUUGGCGGGUUUCCAGCUGCUGGCGCUGAACGGCCGUGACUUCACCAAAGCCCCGUGGCUCCACAGCAGAGGCGACGAGCUCCUGCCGUCCCUGGCGCGGAAUGCGACGUCGGCUCGGCUCGAGGUUCGCAUGGACUUCCUGGACCCAGCGCCCAGAAGCCAUGGCAUGGUGUCACUGGCUGACCGCUGGGCCCGGAGGCCGCUGUUUCAACCGACCUUGAGACCCUGAGACCAACUUUUGCCGCGAAGUCGCUUUGAAGCUGGACUUGCUGGAGGAAGUGAGUUGGGCUUUGCCCGGAGAGAAACCUAGCAGAAGUGGCAUGGCUCCUGGGAAGAACUUGCGGCAUCAAGAUCGUCCAUGAGAGGACGGCUCCAGGACGAACGAAGCGAACGGGACGGCAGGUGAUGCGUUCGGCACCCGAACAAGCGUCCCGGUGCCUUCAUCCGGAGAAGCUGCAUUAGUCCGAUGCGGCAAGCUCAUUGGAAGGCAACGAAACCCAUCACUUCAACAUCGACAUGAUGCAAGGACCGAGAUUGGGAUUGGCAUGAGCA